AUCUGGAAUGAUCGAAGAGUGAGGCUAAGGAGAGGGAAACAAUGGCGGCGCGGCAAAAGUGACCCUAGUGAGUGUUAAAUUUUUCGCUUGAAAAAUACUACCCCGCCCGCACCCUGAUUUCAAGGACGACACCCACCCAGAGAGCUUUCAUCUCAGAGUACUAUUAUUAUUAUCGGGGGGCUUAGAGAGAGCCUCGUUAACACCAAUAUCUACCAGCCACUCUUCCUACUUUUCAUACUCUCAUCCACUCACUCGCUCACUCUUCCUCAUCCCCCCAAAAAUACACCAUACACCUUCAGUUUGAAGCCCUAGUUCCCAGAUACUUGAUUUAAACUCUCUCUGUCGAUUUCUUUCUCUGCAAACAAAGAGAAGCAAUAUUGGAUUUUUCAGUUUGGAGUAUUAGAAAUUUAGCCCCAUGUUUUUUGUGACAAUUGGGAGAAUGGGUUUCUAGUGAUCUUGUAUCAUUGAAUAUAUUCAUCACUGCAGUAACUUAGAACUUGAGCUCAGAGGUCAUUAAGAAGAAAAUGAAGAGAAGAAAUUAGUGGAAGCAGGUAUAGUAGGAUUUACAUGUAGGAUAAUUGUCUCGUAUAUACAUUUUUUGUAAUGCCAAUCAGGAAGAGAUGAGACCUCAGUUAGAAGAUCAAACUGAGAUGUCAACUCUUGGAAACACAUCAGUGUCACCUGAAAAGGUGGCAAGAACAGCUGUUGGGGGCCAUUGCACAGCAUCAGCAGGUAAUAUGUCUGACAAUCCCGGUGUUGACCAAUCAGGAGAAGCAUGUGAAAACGCAGUUCCAAAUCUUAACCAAUCAGAAUGUCGAGAGAAAACACCUGGUCAGCCUAGAAAAAGAAAAUCUAUUUCAGGAUCCCCUAUUAGCAGUACUAGACUCCUACGCUCGAAGUCAAAGGAGAAGUCUGUUGCUUCUGAGGCAAAUAAUACUGUAGUAAUUCAUGAUGCUACUGAGGAAAAGAAAAGAAAAAGGAGAAAGAAAAAACAUGGUAAGCAUAUAGCUGCAAACGAAUUCACAAGAAUAAAGGGCCAUCUGAGGUACUUGUUACACAGAAUAACAUAUGAGCAGACCUUGAUUGAAGCUUACUCUGGUGAAGGCUGGAAAGGACAAAGCUUAGAAAAGAUAAAACUGGAGAAGGAGCUACAACGAGCCAAGACUCAUAUAUUUCGUUACAAAUUGAAAAUAAGAGAUUUGUUUCAACGCCUUGAUACAUUACUUGCUCAAGGGAGGCUUCCAGCAUCUUUAUUUGACAAUGAAGGGGAGAUUGACAGCGAAGAUAUAUUCUGUGCGAAGUGUGGCUCUAUGGAUCUGCCAGCUGAUAAUGAUAUUAUCCUCUGUGAUGGUGCUUGUGAGCGUGGAUUUCACCAGUUGUGUGUGGAGCCACCUCUGUUAAAAGAAGACAUUCCACCUGAUGAUGAAGGCUGGCUUUGUCCUGGUUGUGAUUGCAAAGUUGACUGCAUUGACUUGCUUAAUGAUCUUCAAGGAACAAACCUUUCCGUCACUGACAGCUGGGAGAAAGUAUAUCCCAAGGAAGCUGCUGCUGCUGCCUCUGGGGAAAAGUUGGAUGAUAUUUCUGGUCUUCCAUCAGAUGACUCGGAGGAUGAUGACUACAACCCCGAAAAUCCAGAUGUAGGAAAAAAUGAUUCAGAGGAUGAGUCCAGUUCUGAUGAAUCUGAUUUUUACUCUGCAUCUGAAGACUUGGCAGAAGCCCCUCCUAAAGAUGAUGAGAUAUUGGGGCUUUCUUCUGAAGACUCGGAAGAUGAUGACUUUAAUCCUGAUGACCCAGAUAUGGAUGAGCCGGUUAAAACAGAAAGUUCAAGUUCUGAUUUUACGUCCGACUCUGAGGAUUUUAGUCUGAUAGUUGAUACUAAUAGGCUGCGAGGUGAUGAACAAGGGGUUUCCAGUUCAGUAGAUAACAGUAUGCCAAACUCGGCUUCCCAAGAGGAAAAAGCUAAAGUUGGCAAAGCUAAAAGGAAUUCGCUGAAGGAUGAGUUGUCCUAUCUUAUGCAGUCUGAUAGUCCUCUUGUAUCUGCCAAAAGGCACAUAGAGAGGUUGGACUACAAAAAGCUGCACGAUGAAACAUAUGGAAAUGGAUCUUCUGAUUCUAGUGAUGAAGAUUAUGAGGAUGGUCCGUUACCCAAGGUGAGAAAGUUUAGAAAUGCCAAAGGUGCUAUGGCUUCUCCUAGUUCGACUCCUGCAGAUAUCAACUAUCAAAGUGGGAAACAGAAAGGGAGUGGACAUACUUCUGAUAGUGGAAUCUCUGAGAAACUCAAGGUUGGAGGCACGGGCAGCUCCGAAUCUCAUUCAAGUGGUAAAAGAAAAACAUAUGGAGAAGCCGCCACCAAGAGACUCUACGAAUCCUUCAAGGACAAUCAGUAUCCUGACCGUGACGCAAAGGAGAAGUUGGGUAAAGAAUUAGGCUUAACAGCUCACCAGGUCAGUAAAUGGUUUGAAAAUGCUCGUCAUUGCCAUCGUCAUUCUUCUCGCUGGAACACAAUUAUGAGUCAGAAAGUGUCGAAAGAAUGUCCAUCCUCAUCGCAGAUAAUUGGAGAACCACUUGGAACUGAAACUAAAAGCAUCAUGAAUGAUGCUUCCUGCAAUGGGGUUGAGAAAUUGGAAUCACCAAAGCAAUGUCUUAAUGGAGAAAAAGGUCAUGCAAUAGAUAAGGGUGAAGAAGAUUUGUUGAUACUGGAGGCCAGUGGAAAAAAAUCUAGUAAACCAAAAGCAAAAGUUGAUACGACAAAUCAAGGAUCGGAUGACACUCCCCUCAGUAAGACUCCCAAGAAGCAGAAGGGAAAAGUUGGUACCACGAAUUCUCAGAAUGAUAAAACAACAGAUCAAGGAUCGGAUGACCCUCUCCAAAAUAAGACUCGUAAGAAGCCGAAUUCAAAGGUUGAUACCCCGAAUUCUCAGAACGUCCGUAGAAGUAGCAGGUUGCAGAAACAAGGCUGAAUAGUGGAAGUGCCAAAUUCUGGAAUGUACGAAUACUCGGAGUGGAAUAUAAUCUAACCUGGAAGUUUUCUGAUAUCGGUGAAUGGUUAAGAUUGAAACGUUAGCUAGUUGAAGGUGGUGGCGUCCUCCUGUCAAUCUAACUUAAAUGAUACGCAUUAUGGAGAAUCCAGGAGAUCAGCUGAAUUUUUUUCUUAUCAGUCAGCAGUGAUUAAAGGUGGAUGUAGAAGGGACUAGAUGGUAUUUAAAUAUCGAUCAUACAUUACAUUUAUGUCUCAAUCGUACAGUAGACAUGGUAUGGUGUCGUACGUAUUGCAGAUUAAAAUAUUUCUCUCUUUUUAUUUAUUUGAUUUUUGUCGUCCUUCUGUUGUGCAACCUCUCAGUAAAGAUGAACCUAUUUCAGUUGGAUUACAGCUCUAUUUUGGUGAA